AUGUUUGAUCCUGGCUCCGGGCCGCCACCGCCAGCCUGGGAGCCGAUCCAGGAGGUGUGCGAGCUGUGCUACCUCCUGGCGCUGGCGCGGCAGCACGCCUGGCGGGCCCGGCUGACGCCGGGCGAGCGAGCGUUGCUGCUGGUGCACGCGCGCCACUUGACGGCGCUCCUGGCGGCGCUGGCAGGGCUGGCGGACGAGGUCGUCCAGGGGGCGCGGGAGCCGCGGCAGGUGGCCCCGGCGCGGGAGCUGCUGCGCUACCCCCCCUCGGCGCUGCCGCUCCCCCUGGCGGCGGAGGCGCUGCGCUGCUGCCUGGGGCCCCCCCGCUGGGGAUUGCGGCUGGAGCGCUGCCGGGCCCGCCUGCCGCCGCGCCGGGAGGCGAUGCGCCUGGGGCGCCACCCGGCGCCGCGGCUGGGGCCAGCGCGGCCCUUGUGGGGGCCCUGGCGGCGCUGCCUGCUCCAGGAGGGGGGCCGCCGCCUGGCGCGCCGCCGGCGCCUGGGCCCCUCGCGCUGCCAGGGGCGAGUGCUGCCGGCGAUGGAGGUGGCGGCGUGGCGGCCGCUGCAGGGCCGGCGCCCGCCGGCGGUGGCGCCCGUGGCGCUGGCGCGGCUGGUGGACGGCCCCUGGAUUGGCUCGCCGGCCCUGCGGCUCGACGCCUUCACGGCCGGCACGGUGCUGGAGACGCCCACGCACGUCGUGGAGGCGGGCGCGCCGGGCCCUGACGGGGUCUACCUCUCCGUGAGCUUCCGGGGCGCCUCGCUGCCGGCCCACGCCCUGGAGCUGGACCUGAGCUUCCCCGCCCCCGGCGCCGGGCAGCCAGGGGUCCUGCACCUUUGUGCGGGCGGCGCCGCGGCCUGCAGGGCCCCGCGGCUGGUCGGGCGCGGCGAACGGCACGCCGACUGGCUGCGCCUGCGGUCGGCUCGGAGCUUGGUCGAGCCGUGGGUUCGGCUGACCUUCCGACCGCCAGGCGGCGGUGGGCCAGGGGAUGGCGCCGCCCCUGCGCCCGCGAGGGGCCGCCUCGCGGGGGCUGCGGCUGGGUUCGCGGCGGCUGCGGCUGCUGCGGAGGCGGCCGGCCCUGCGGCUCGCCCGCUGGUGGCUCGCCGACGCCGUCACGAGCAGUCGCGAAGCGAUGGCGAGGAGCGGGCCGGCGACGACCAGCUGGAUUCUCGUGUCGCCCCCUCCCGCGGCAACGCCAUUCUGGCGGUGGCCGACGGGCGCCCAGGCACGUUGCACGACGAAGCGAUUGCCCAGAUCGCGCGUGUCAUGGGCCUGCGGGAGGGGGCGGACGGACAGGGGGCGCGCCCUCGCAUCAGGGGCUACCUCCAGGCCUUGGUCUUCGGCCACCACCCGUUCCACUCGGUCGGGGAGCGGGCGGUGCGCGAGCUCCAGACGCUGGCCGCAGCGAUGGACCUGCUCGAGGAUGGCUCGCUGGCGUCGGUCGUGGACGCGCUGAUGCAGCGGUUCAGGGCGCUGGAGAUGGCGCUGAACGACGGCAGCGCCAACGAGCUGGAGGUGGUCGAGGGCAUCCGCCCGACGCCCCCCUCUCGCGACGAGCAGGAGUCGGCGCGGAGGAGACGGCGGCUGCAGAGCCGCCUCGAGGGCCUUGUCCAGGGCGGAGCCGUGGGCGCGGGAGCGACCCCGCUCGCCGCGGUCGGGCUUCCUUCGCGACGAGGCGUGGCGGAGCCCGCCCUGGCGAGGGGCAGCCCCCGCUCUGGUGCUGCGGCGGCGCUGGGCCGCGUGGAGCUGCCGAGCCCGAAGGGCGCGGGCAAGCGCCGCGGGCGCCGGGAGGCGGCGCGCGCGGGGGCAGCUUGGCCAGAGGCGGGCGCCCCCCUGGCGGUGCUUUUCCGCACGUGGCAGGAGAAGGCUAGGGCUGCUGCCGAGUCCUUCCGCCCCCCGCUGGAUGCGGGCCCGAUCCUCGAGGAGCUGAUGCGAGGGUUUCCAGGGUCGCUUGGGGUCUACGUGGACAAGUUCAUGCACAGCGGGCAUCGGCCAACUAGACGGGGGCGGCUGCAGCGUGAUCUGCAACCGCUACCCUGUCCCGAUCUUGAAGCUUCGGGCUUCACCGUGGAGGAGAAGAUUGGCCCAGGCGACCUGGCCUUGCUGCAGUCUCGCUCGAGGGUAAUCGUGAUGGCUAUGUAUUGGGAGGCCGGCUACCGCCACCUGAAGUGGGGCGACGUCUGCGGGCCGGAGCCGAAUGCGGCCCAGCGCUCGGCUCUCCUCGGGAUCGCGCGGCGCAUCUACUCGAGCGUCGCGUUCGAGCCCGCCGUGGCCGGGACCCUCGGCUGGUCCGAGAAGCUGAAGGACCGGGCCAUCGCGUACGACGGCUCGGAGGUCUCCACGCCGAGCAAGAUCACGCUCGAACACAUCGAGGGCGGCCUGCCGCCUGUGGGGGUAGCCGCCUCCAUCGAGGCCGCGGAUCUCGCCGCGGGCUCCGUGCGGGCGGCGCUGCUGGACCCCUCCCUGGUCCUCCUGCCGCCGGCGCAGAGGCGCCCCGCGCCGACCUCGGCGCGCGUCCGGGCGACGGCGCAGGAGUGGGAGCAGGUGGUGAGUGCCCUGUUUGCUCGCGGGAUGGUCGGCCCGAUCGACGAGGGCGAGAUCGCGACCAGAGACGGGGUCCCCUUGAUCAACGAGGCCUUCGGCGUGGCGAAGGUGCACGACGCGCCGGUCCGCUGCGGCGACGGCGAGGAGCGGCCCGUCCUGCGGCUCAUCGUCAACCUGAUCCCCGCGAACGCGCGCCAGCACGUCGUCGCGGGGGACACCCCCGCCAUGCCGACGAUGGGGCAGCUGAACGGGCUGGUGCUGGCUCCAGGGGAGCAGCUACUCUGGAGCGGGGCGGGCCGCAAGGCGUUCUUCUGCGUCUUCAGGGCGCCCCCCGCCUGGUGGCCCAACAUGGCGCUGGGGCCGCCGGCGCCGCGGCGGCUGGCGGGCGGCAGCGGCGACGGGCUGACCCGCAUCGCACUGAGAGUCGUCGGCGUGGGCGGGAUCAGCGCGGUCGGGGUGACGACGCACCUCCACCGCAACAUGCCGAGGCGGUCGGCCUCAGCCCCCCGCGGGCUGCCGCCUGCGGCCGAGGUGGUGCGCGCCCGCCGCCUGCCCGCGGAGGCCCAGGCAGGCGGCGUCGCGAUGUGGUUCAUCUACGUCGACAACCUCGAGAUCGCGGAGAUCGCGUCGAGUGAGGAGGCCGUCGAGCUGAAGGGGACCAUCCCCGAGCUGCUGAGCCGGGCGUCGGCCGGCUACGAGGAGGCUGAGUCCCCCGGAUCGCCGGGCAAGGAUGUCCACCGCGCCCAGCGGGUUUCUAGUUUGGGGGACCUCGUGGAUGGCGAGGCUGGUGUGCGGCGGCCGCCGCUGGGCUACGUCGCGGAGCUCGCGAGCCUGACGCUGUGGUUCCUGGCGAAGAGGCGCCCGAGCAGGCGGCUGGCGCAGAUCCUGCUGGGGCGCUGGGUUCGCGUGCAGUGCUAUCGGAGACCGCUCGCCGCCGCCUUCGUGAACGCGUGGAAGUGGCUGGCGUCGGGCCGCUCGGGCGGGCUCAUCACCCUGGGCGUCGCCGAGGACCUGCUGAUCGCGGCCGCGCUUGCGCCGCUCAGCGUGGCGGACAUGCGGCUGACCGUCGACCACCUCGCGACGGCGUCCGACGCCUCGGAGGCCGCGGAUGCGAUCGUCUACCCCCAAGGGCUGUCGGACAUGGGCCGCGCCCUUGGGGCUGGGGGCCCGCGGGCCCUCAGCCCGGCCUGCGAGGAGGGCGUCGCGCUGAUCUCCGUCUUCUCGGGGAUCGACAGGGCGCGCCAGGCCUUCGAGAUCCCGGGGCUGUGCGCGUGGCUCGGCCUCUUGAGGGGCCACGACCGCAUCGCGAAGGUGAUCGUGAUCAAGGGGUUCCCCUGCCAGGGCUUCACGGUGGUGAACGUGGCCCGUGAGGGGAGCGUGGACCCGAGGUCGCAGCUGGUGGGCCACAUGUGGAGGCUCAUCGAGGGGCUGAGGCGUGAGCUGCCCGAGGCCACAGUGGACUUCCUCGGGGAGAGCGCGCCCAUGGCGGAGGACGAGGUCCUGGCCUUGAACAAGAUGUUCGGCCGAGUGCCGGUGUCCCUCGACGCCGCGGACCUAGGCUGGGUCCGCCGCCCGCUGCUGUACUGGCUGUCGUGGGACCGGCUGCCCUCCUUCGAGAUGUCGGCCGAGAUGAAGGCGGCGGCGGAUGGGGCCCGGCCGCGGGCCUGCCGAGUGCGGCUGGUGACGGAGCUGCCGCCCGUCUCGGAUGGCUGCCGCGCGGGGCCUUCUGGCUGGGGGCCGCCAAAGGUGCUGAUGGGCUUCAGGCGGGGCCACACCGUGCCCUGCAUGAGCAGCUCCUCCGCCAAAAGCGACCCCGAGCGCCUCGAGGCCCUGCGGCGGUUUCUCGUGGGGAACUCGUUCCAGUGCGAGGUCGUGGCCUGGUGGCUGAGCCACUGGGCGGUGCACCACUCGCUGCUGCUGGCAGUGCCGUCCCUGCGGAGCCUCCACGCCGUGUGCGAGGAGAACCUGCACCUGGUGAAGGAGGCUGGCCGCGCGCCCGCGGCGGGCGCCGGGCAGGAGGCGCGCGCCGUCUACGUCGGCCGCGGCUCGCGCCGCUGGGGGCUCGGCCCCUCCAAGUGGGGGAGCCCGUGCCCCGUGGUGCCGGGGCGGCCGGCCGGCGACGCCGUGGCGCUGUUCGCAGGCGAGCCCUGCCACGCGGACGUCCUGCUGGCGGAGCUGGAGCAGCGCAGCAAGGGGUGCUCCCGGCCCUUCCUGGAGCACCAGAGGAUCAGCGCUGGCAUUUGGAAGUGGAAGGUCGCACGCCAGCUCGUUUGGCAAGACCAGGCCAAGCACGUCAAUGUGUUAGAGUGCGAGGCGGCCCUGCGUUGGCGGGCCCGGUCAGUCUCACGACAGAUGUGCGUCUUCCUUCACCUGCUCGACAGCAUGGUGAAUAUCGGUGAUCUUGUCAUGCGCCGGUCUUCGAGCCAGCAGCUCAACAAGGUGCCGAGCCGAGCGCCUCCGAUGCCUGCUCGAGUCGCCGCCGCAAUGGCCAUCUGGGCGCUCGAGCGCAAUGGUGCAUUGUCGCUGGGCCCUGCCAGCUUCGGAGCGGCGCGCUUCCAGCCUUUCACGCCGCUUUUCAGCGUGCCGUGCUGUUCAGAGGUGCGCGCGGAGGCGCCGAGCCGCGACGAGACUUUGGUUCCAGAGGCUUCGGAGCCGUCCAUGGCGAGGGCCACGAGCGGCUCCGAGCUUGAUCGAUCGGAGCCGCCUUCCUCGGUGUCUAGAGGCCUGAGCAGGUUUGUGACGAGGACCCCAGAGGGUUUCGAGGGGCUCGCGAGCGAGCCGGACGAAGUCCAGGACGAAAGGCUGUUGGAAGAGCUGCACCAGUGGUCCGGCAUGAGGGGUGCGCCCAACUAUGUGGCGCUGUUUGAGGACCCAGGGGCUUUCUCGGGAGCGGCCACGGUCUCGGGUUCAGGCAAGGUGCAGUGGCUGGCUCGGGAAUCUCGUCCUGACGUGGCAGGCUCUGCGUCUUUGCUGGCGGCAGCGUUGCCCACCCCUUCUGUGGCAGAUGCGCUAGCACUGAUCAAGGUUGUGAAAUUCUUAAAAGCGUCACCGGAGCAGAGGCGCUAG